AUGGGAUUAAAGUGUACUAAUUAUUUCGAGAAUUCAAAAUAUGAUACCCCAAAUAUUCAAAUUAUAACUUGUAAAGGUUGUUCAUCACAUUUAUGUUUAUCAGAUUUAAUAUUAAGUGAUAAUUUUAAUGGAGCAAGUGGUCCAGCUUAUUUAGUUGGUAAUUUAAUUAAUAUUGAAUUUAAUUUAAUUUCUGAAGAAACUGAAAUGAAAACUGGUAUAUAUUUAAUUAAUAAAAUUAAAUGUCAUCAAUGUAAAAAUCCUUUAGGUUGGUAUUAUAAGAAAUCUUAUAGUUAUGAAGAAACUUAUAAAGAAGGGAAAUUUGUAAUUGAAAAGAAUUUUAUUAAAUUUGUUGAUAAUCAUACAACUACUAAACAAUUGAUUGAAAUUGCAUUAAAGAAUAAAAAUAGAAGACGAUCUUCUACAUUACAAGAAGAAUUUGAUUCAAUAGAAGAUGAUCAAAACACGACUACUACUAAUACUUCCCCUACCAAUAAGAAUUCAAAAUUAAAAUUCUUUUCUUAUCAAAUUAAAAAGAAAAAGACAAAUUCAGAUUAUCGACAAAAUGGGUUAUAUUUAACAUUUUCUGAUGAUCAAUCUACAACAAGUUCAAAUAGUUCAAAUUCAAGUACUGGAUCUACCACAAGGCAUACUCACCACAGUCAUCAUCAUCAUCCUCCACCUCAUAGGCAUAGUGCAACAACCGCAAUUAUCGAAGAUGAUGAUGACGAAAUAUACGUAGAUGCUUAG